CUCGAUGCUCAAAGUCCUCGAAUACUUUCAUUUACGCGGCAAUCUGAACUUAUUGAAGAUCCAGCGAAGAAUCCCGCCGGUAGGUAACCAUCAGAUACGCAACCUCUCUGUGCCUCGAGCUUCUCCGUCUUCUCACACCGGGGGUGAGCCAAUCUCUAGGCAUAACUUAGGAGCGGAGAGUCUUGAAUUCGAGUUGCGCAUCUCAGGUGUUGAGUUUCGCGUCUGGAGCGCAAAGGUCGAUCCAGCUUCUGUAGUCUGGCGUCUUCGGAUCAGCAACAUUGGACCUGUACAUUGAAAAUGGCGUCAAGACUUAGCUCCGGAGAUCUCGCAGGCUUUAAAUGUCUUGUUUCUCUAGGAAUUCUGUAUGGUCUCAUGUCGUUUUUAGUGUAUUCGAUCGUCCACAUUAAGCACAUCAAACCCCUCGGGAUCGACGCGCCCCUCGAUCGGUUUUCGGAAGCGAGAGCCGUCGAGCACAUAUGGAAGCUUUCCAAAGAAAUCGACGGUCGUCAAGAAGGGCGUCCAGGUUUAGAGGAAGCUGCUAAAUACAUAAAAAAGCAGCUAGAGAUGAUAGCCGAGCGGGCUGCACCGAAUAUCAGAAUUGAGAUUGAGGAAACUCUUGUCGGUGGUUCUUUCAACAUGAUGUUUUUGGGCCAUGGCAUAUCUCUCGGGUACAGGAAUCACACCAAUAUUGCUAUGAGGAUAUCAUCGACUAAUACACAAGAUAGUGAUCCAUCAGUUUUAGUCAAUGGCCAUUUUGAUAGUCCGCUUGGCUCUCCUGGCGCUGGCGAUUGUGCUUCAUGCGUUGCAUCAAUGCUUGAAAUAGCAAGACUAACAGUUGAUUCUAACUGGGUUCCACCUCGACCAAUCAUAUUUCUUUUUAAUGGUGCAGAAGAACUUUUUCUCUUGGGUUCACAUGGCUUCAUGAAGACACAUAAAUGGCGUAAUACAAUUGGAGCUUUUAUAAAUGUUGAAGCAUCUGGGACUGGUGGUCUUGAUUUGGUCUGCCAAUCUGGACCUGGGUCAUGGCCUUCUCUUGUCUAUGCUCAAUCGGCAAUAUAUCCCAUGGCACACAGUGCAGCACAGGAUGUUUUUCCUGUUAUUCCUGGGGAUACUGAUUACAGAAUAUUUGCUGAAGAUUAUGGCAACAUUCCUGGACUGGAUAUCAUCUUUCUUCUUGGUGGCUAUUUCUAUCAUACAUCUCAUGAUACUGCGGAUAGACUAUUACCAGGUAGUAUCCAAGCACGGGGAGAGAAUCUGUUCAGUGUAAUCAAGGCCUUUGCAAAUUCGUCUAAGCUGCAAAAUGCUCAUGAAAGAAUUGCGCUUGCAGUUGCAGACAACAAAACCAAGGAUGAUCAUGCCAUUUUCUUUGAUUACUUAUCAUGGGUUAUGAUAUUCUACUCAAGACAGGAAGCUUUGGUACUUCACAGUCUUCCUAUUGUUAUCUUCUUACUCAUGCCAUUUUAUUUGCGUUUUCCAAAUAUUGGAAUGCAUUCUUGGUUCACAACCUUUUUUGACUUUGUGAAGGGAAUGCUGUUCCACUUCAUUGGUAUUGUUUUGGCAGCUAUUAUUCCUGUAAUCUUUGCCAUCUUGAGGUUGCUUUUCUCUAGCUAUGCAAUGAGCUGGUUUGCUCACCCAUAUUUGGCUUUCUUGAUGUUUGUCCCCUGCUCACUUGUUGGUUUGUUGAUCCCAAGAAUUUUAUGGAAAUGCUUUCCCCUCUCUCAAGAUACUUCAGCUCUCAAAACAUCAAAGGAGUUGCUAUAUGAUGAAGCAAGAUUUUGGGGAGCAUUUGGAAUAUAUGCUGUUAUAACUUUGGUCUAUCUUGUUGCUGGCCUGAAUGGAGGUUUCUUGACUUUUCUUGUAUCAGCUUUCAUGCUUCCUGCGUGGAUCUCUUUUCGCUUGUCCACUAAAUAUUUUGGGCAUCAAUCACUGAAGUCAUUGUUAUGUUAUGUGGUACCUCUAAUACCAUGCCUUGCAUACUCUGUCUACUUUGGUGGGUUUCUUAUUCAAUUCUUGAUUGAGAAGAUGGGCAUGAUGGGUUCUCUUCCACAUCCCUAUGGAUAUUUUGUUCCCGAUGUUAUAGUGGCAGUACUUGUUGGAGUUGUUACCGGAUGGUGUGUCGGCCCAUUAAUACCUGUUUCUGGUGGCUGGUUGGCCAAAUCAUCUAUUCUGCAAUUUUUGGUGCAUCUUAGUUUGCUUGCUUUGCCAAUUUCAUCCCAGUUCUUCCCAUACAGCAUAGAUGCACCAAAAAGAGUUGUACUUCAGCAUACAUUCCUGACUUCAGUGACAGAUACUAAUCAGAUUUUGGACUCCAGUUAUGAUUUUUCUGUGGUGGAUUCCAAUUCUUUACAUUUUCUCUUCAAAUAUGCACCUGAAGCAGCAAGGGAACUGCAUAUAAAUUCAGAAUUAUCUUUUGAGAGCAUUAGUCAGUCUCAUCGAAGCACAUGGGUGGCACUUUUUCCAGUAUCUUCCUUGUUCACAGGGAGCUUGAAGUUCCCUGCUAGAAGUGACGAUAUCUUGAAGCAUUAUAGAGUUUUCCCUCAAUUAUCUACUUAUCAGCCAAUUGAAGUUUCUGCUACAGGAUCUCGAAAAGUCUAUUUGGAGCUUUAUUUGGGUUCUUUAGAAGAAGUUUGGGUUGCAGUCCUUAACAUUACAGGUCCUUUGUCUGGUUGGUCAUUUGCUGAUAAUAACCUUUCAGCUCCUGAAACGAUUGAUGGUGGUCCACCUUCAUACAUUUGUAGACUCAGUGGGAGUGCCCAUGAUAAUUGGACCUUCUGGUUAGAGGCAAACAGCUCUGAAGUUUUGAGGGUGGAACUUGCUGUGCUAGAUCAGUAUUUGGUUGAGGUAUCAAGGAAUUUGAAGGACCUAUUCCCAAGCUGGGUGGAUAUCAUCGCUUAUUCUAGCUUUCUCUCAAGCUAUGUCUUCUAAUCAAUUUUUUUUUAAUUAUUGUUACUAAUAAUUUGACUGAAUAAACGGUACCCCACCUUUCGUAUUUUUGGGUUAAUAUUUAAUAAACCAAAAAAAAAACUUUUUUAAGGAUGUUGCUGACUUUUGGAUAUACAUGGGGCUUAUUCAGAUCUUCUCUUAAAUGGGCUGUAGUUCUUCAAGUGUCAUAAGUUCAGCUGAUGCUAUUACUAAAAUUCUGUUCGACUUUGGCCAUUCGUUCCAUAUAUUGAGGGUUCAGGCCUGUUUAUUUAUUA